AUGGAACGUCCAGAAAAGAAAAAGAGAAGUGUGACAUUGAUCAGAGAUCACUCCAAAGAAUAUCUAUCAAAUUUAACAGUUGAGUUCGAUCAAUUUGGUAGAGCUAUUGGACCUAACCGCUUUAAGUUCACCAGUUAUCGUGGAGUGACUACGAGGAAGAUGAUUUCUAUCCUGAUAGAUAGUUGGGAUUUAGUGGAUCAAUGUGACAAAGAUCAAUUGUGGUUAAACAUAAAGGCCUAUAAGUCGGAGCUUCUUAAGUUGUGGGACAAUGGUGUCAAUCCAGUAAAAAAAUACCCGUACCUUGACAAAGCAAUGUGGAAAAAUUUCCUUGUUCUAAAAUCCACGGAAGAGUUUGAGAAUAUUUGGAAGGACAAAAAAGCAUUUUCUAGUGAGGAAUUGGAGGAACGUGUUAAAACAUGGAUGAGAACUUUUGGUGAUAAAGUGAAGCCUUUUUGUAAGGCAUACAAUGAAUCAACCACAAAGGGGAAAGAGAGGUUAGAGGUGACAAAGGGGAAAGAGAGGUUAGAGGUGACAAAGAGGAAAGAGAGGUUAGAGAUGUGA